UCCAGAAAGUCAUUCACAUACAAAGAAAUGUACAGUAUGUAAUCCUUCACUAUGACGUUACUAAUGUUUGGGAUCAAGACCCAGAGAAGUCCUGUUUUGAACAAACUGUUGUAAAACUCCGUUAACAGAAAUCCAAAUAGACUUAUUUGGUAUUUGGGUAUUUUGGGUGUAUUUGGGAGGGGCAGUCCUGCGUUAAAAGAACUGUCAGCACCAAUCACAGAUAUAGGUCAUUUAAAAAUCCAUUGUAUUUUUACAGCUGAGGCCUCCGAGACCCCAAACAGAAGUAAUGCGUCAUUUUCUGUAGCAGACUUCUGAAAGUCUGACAGAUAUACAGGAGGUUCCCGGAGCCCAAAAAUAAUUAAUGACUCCUCAUCUUGUUUUUUGUUAUAGAUAUUUUUAAUUCCAGAAAGUAUUUUGUUGUUGAUACUGUGAAGAACAGGUUUGUGCCAGAAUGUUUGUCUUCCAUCAGUACAUCAUCAUCCAUUUCAGGGCAAAGAAAACGUACCUCUAUUAUAUUUUCCAUCGCAACAUAGUUUUCUAUUUUCGCUGAACUACACUUGUUGAAAUGAGAUUUCUCUCUAUGUGGCAAUCAGCCAUUCCUUUCUGUAUGACUGCAUCUGCAACCCAUUCUUCAAGUCUCCAGGAAGAAACUAUUAUGUGGGCUGUCCAUUCAGAGUGCCCUUGAUUUGUGAAAAGGAUGGAGAAAAAGCCAGUUAUUCAGUAUGUUCUGGCUACUGAAAUGAAUUGACAAAAUGCUUGGUGCUGCUUGUUCAGUAUAAGUCAGACAAGGUAAGACAUGUCCUUCAGCUUUCACUGUGUUCCCUGGCUAAACCUUCACUCUCAAAUACCAGCUUUAUUGAUGCAAGUGAAUGCAGUCAUGUUCUUCCCCAGAAAGCGAAAGGUAAUGAUUUACGCCUUCAUAAUGAUGUUCCCUUGAUGCAGUGGAAAAUAAAAUUAGAUUGCUGAAGCUGGUGGUGCUGCAGAGGACUCAUCAUCAGGCUUCAUGAAUCCGUGUAAAGACAGUGAGCUGUUUCUCAACACUGACAGCAUGUCGUGAUGACUGCAGAAAACAAUGGGGGUUGUAUGCAAGUCCUGUUCAUACCGGCCGGCCUCAUGAAUAACAAAAAUCCCAAACGCACAGUUAUGUCAGGCUGUGCAGUCACGUAUUUUCAAGUGGAGUCCGUUAGGAAACACUGUGUGGUGGUUAUAUGAACAUAAUAAAUACAUAAAAGAAACAGGCCACAGUAAAACUGAAAACAUACUAAAUGACUAUUGUAAGAGAAGAGAAUGAACACAAUUCAUUAGUGCUCACAUUUCACACCUCCAGUGUCCACGAUGACAGGCAAUUAUCUGGACACUCUGUCCAUCAGUUCAUUUAUCCAUAAUGAGGCAGGAAACACCUGCAUGUGAAGCACAAAAUGCUUUUUUCUUACAAGGGUUUGUCUCAGAAUAAAUGUUCAAAAUCAUAAUUUAAGUUUAAAACUUUUGGAAAUCAUACCAUGUGAAAUCCCCUCUAUAUAGUUCAAGACUUAUCUAGAGCUAAUUUCUUCAAAGGGAAAUUACAAGGGCUUAAAGUGGAGAUCUUGAGUGUGUUGGGUUUUGGGUUUUUUUUUGUUUUUUGUUCGUAGGUUGCUUCGUGCUUCUAUAAAAGGACUGUGUUCUCUGGAUGAGGCGGUGACGCAGAAACUGCGCUUGGUGUGGGUGUAUAAGAGAGGACACUCGGCUCUGUUUCUGCGCACACAUGGGGAAGCAACUGGGUUGGUAAGAACUUGAUCUCUCGGUGCCUGGAGACGCUUAAAUGAACACGGCGAUGAACACAACUGCGAAGUUUUACCUUCCCGUUGAUGGCAUCCUCGAAAUGUUCAACUCUCUCACCGGGCAUCAACAAUCACGCAUUACGCACCCUCAGAGCACAGCCCUUACCCCUGUACCCCAGCACCCCAUUGUCUCAAACAUAUCGAAGACAGGCAUGGGCAUCAUCAAAACGGUUCAAGGGCGCUGGAGACAACAGGAUAAGAAAGUGGUUGCAAGUACAUCCUCGAGUUCAGGCAAUCGGCAGGUUUCGAGUGAUCGACUCCCAAAAAGGUCCGUGGAUCUGCUGGAGCUGGGUCUGACCAAGCCUAGGAACUGUCACAGAAUAGUUGUGCUUGGCGCACCCAAAGUAGGCAAAACCAACAUUCUCCAGCGGUUCUUGGGUAAAGAAUUUGAAGAGCACUAUGAACCCACAACCGAGGACUUUCACAGAAAACUGUUCCACAUAGGAGGGGAGACGUACCAAGUCGAUCUUCUGGACGCCGCAAGUGAGAGGAGCUUCCCUGCAAAACGGAGGUUAUCCAUACUGACGGGUGACACAUUUCUGCUUGUGUUCAGUUUGGAUGACAGAGAGUCUUUCGAUGAAGUCUGCGAGUUGCUCCACGAGAUCAAAGCUGCUAAGGCAAAGUUACUGAAAUUAAAACAUCCCGCGAGAGUACCAGCAGUGAUCUGCGGGAAUAAAGCGGACUUGGGAGCGCGGAGGGCCGUCGGACGGUCAGAGGCGACAGAAAUCCUCGGUGAGGAUGUCGCGUUCUUCGAAACCUCGGCUAAAGACGGCACCGGACUGGAAAGCAUGUUCAGAGCCCUUGCCUCUCUGGGCGGACUGCCUGACGAAACCAGACCGUCGCGGCAUCAGAUCAUACCCAUCCUCACCUACCAGUCGCUGUGCAUCGGCCAGAGAGGCAGCCGUAGGCUGGUACUCGGAGCGCCCUGUGCCGCCAUGGACCCUCUGGCGCGCCGCCCGAGCUUCACCAGCGACCUGCGGCUGGUGCUAAGAUCAAGCACCAAACACAACAAACCCGAGAGGUGUCAGAUUCAAUGAAUUGUGAGCCUUCUCGAUAAACCAAUUGUAGUAGUAUGCUGCAAUGUCGUAUUAUGUAAGGAGUUAUACUCUGUAGCACCUGGCUGGACCAGUGCAUUCAUAUUUUGUUUUUUGUAUGUAAUAUUAUAUGAUCCUAUAAUAAAUAAAAAAUGAAUAUUUCUAAUUGU